CAGUUUUGCUCGGAGUGAAACUUACAUAUUAAACAUAAAAUUGAUCAGCCUCUCCGAAUGACAAUCAUAGAUUAUCGGACCGUCUUGUCAUGAAUUUACUUGUUCGGCUUAUCACUUGCAUUUUAAUCUACGAUGCGGGAAACCUAAUUUCCGCCACUGACUUGGUAUGUCCCCUUGAAGCCAGUAACAUACCCAAUCCUGAAGACUGUGGUUCUUACUACCGAUGUGCACCGAACGCUGAACCAAUUCCAGAAGAUUGUCCAUCUGGUCUUGCUUUCAAUGCAAUAACACAACGGUGUGACUACUCGUUCAACGUCGAUUGUCAUACCUUCGCAUGUCAUAAAUACAACAAUAUAGACGCUUGUCUUACUUCACCAAACAAUUGUUCAUUUUGCUGUGAUCACAUGGGUGACGAUGUACCUCAGUGUAAUACGUACGACAAUUUGCUUAACGAUGGAUGUCGAUCAUUCGAUCAGUACCAGUAUGACAAGACUGUCGAACCGAAUACAACGUGCGUUACUCUACCGCCAGGUCCACCUGUGAUCUGCGACCUUGAAGACAUUCGCUUACCAAAUCCAGCGGAUUGUGGUUCCUUCUACCUAUGCAAUCCGAACGGUGUACCAACUUUAAUCGAUUGUCCACUUCUUCCUGACGGAAAUUCAAUGGUUUUCAAUCCAGAGCUUCAAGUGUGCGACUGGCCCCAAAAUGUCGACUGCAAGAUCUUCGCAUGCCAUAAGUACAACAAUAUAGACACUUGUCUUAGUUCACCGAAUAAUUGUACGCUUUGCUGCGAUGAUGUUGCUGAAGGUAUACCUCGGUGUAAUACGUACGACAAAUUAUCUGAAGAGGGAUGUCGAUCAUUCGAUCAGUCCCACUAUGAUAAAUCGGUCGAGCCGAAUACGACGUGCGUUAUCUUAACUCCGGGUCAAAAAAGAAAUAUUUCGGUUACAUUCACCUUGGAGAAGCAUCCGUUAGACUUUUACUUUCUGAUGGAUACCACCGGUUCGAUGACCGAUGACAAAGAUAAUCUUGUUACGCUCAGUUCGAGCUUCCUGGAAACGCUUAACAAUUUGACCAACGAUUUUCAUAUUGGCUUCGGAACGUUCAAGGACAAACCGGUGUUUCCUUCAAACCCCGAUGAUUACAGUUUCCGCAACGAUAUGCGCUUAACGUCCCAAAUCGGUAAUUUCUUGCAGCAAAUCGAAGAUGUAGACAUUAGCGGGGGCGGUGGCGAUGGACCAGAAUCUUGUGGUGACGCUUUAACUCAAGUCGUGGAAUGUUAUGGACAAAUUGGUUGGAGGGACAAUACUAGACGCGUUGUCUUAGUAGCUACGGAUGAUAUUUUUCAUGAGGAGGAAUGGGCUCUUCAAUUCAACAUUACUAAACCGUACGUGGACGGUUGUUACCUGGACGCUGACGGUUACUACACUGAAGUAUUAACAAUGAAUUUCCCAUCGGUCGCACAAAUUGCCUCAGCUUAUUCUAAGACACCGGUUACAACUACAGUCAUUUUUGCAACAGCCAGAUACGCAUGGUGGUGGGAAGGUGUAGCUUCGCACUUCAAAUCUGCAUACGUUGCCGAGUUAGCCCUUGACUCAUCAAAUAUUGUGGAGCUGAUAAAAAAUGAAUUUGCUCGUAUUGACUCGAGAUUCGAAAUCGAAACGAAUGUGCUGACCGACACCGUUCACUUCAAAUAUUUCUCCAGUUGUAUGGGCUCCGACGAAGAGGAGACUGCUAUUUGUGAGAAUAUGCCGCCAGAAGGUGAAGUGAGCUUUACUGUCGAAAUCGAUUUGCCUGAGUGUCCGGUCGAUGCCGAUGAUACUGAACCGAUCGAUUUUAGGCCUGUCGGUUUGCCUGUAUCCCAUGAAGUACAAUUGAGUUUUUUGUGUGACGAUGCUAAAUAAAAUUGUUGGAAAUUGUU